CCAUGUGGUUGUUGAUAUCUUCUUAAAAAGACAUUUCUCCAAUUAUUCUUCCAGCACUCUUGCGUGUAAAAACGGACAAAAUGUCAGCGGACGUCGUGAACAUCCACGCCCAAGUGGAGUCCGUGCUGGGCGCCCUCGUCAAAGCCGCCGCGGCGGAGUUGACCAGACUGUUCGAGAGCAGCUACGCAGCCUCGGCUGCGGCGGUGCGGGACUGCGGCCCCGCCGAGAACCGCGGAGGGGAUACAAAGUUAAAGCCGUCGGAGAGUUUACUUUCUGGGAAGACAACCCGCAGUAUCGGCGUGCAAGUGGACCAAGAUAUCGACUGCUCGCUCGUCCUUUCAAAUGGAGAUUGUUCCUUAAAGUACAAAGAGGGGGAGGAGGCUCACAGAAUAUUCUGUCCUCUUCUUCCUGCUGGAGACGAUACGAAGCAGGCAGCGGCAGAGUCCAGGGUCCCUGAGACGGAUUGUGGGCAACAACCUGAUUUGACUUUGAAUGGUGUGACUCCAGACGAGCAGAAGCCUCUAGUCGCGAUCCCGGCAAGUCAGAAGUUUCCGCUAAUCCUGCACUGCGAGUCUCUGGCCCCCCCGCCCGCGGAAGCGAAGCCUCAGCUGUCCCGCGUGAGCACAGCCUACAGCCCCUCCCCCAGCGACGGGGCGGCCACGCUCUGGGAGCAAGUCCCCGUGCCAAAAGGCAGCGACAACUUCCUGCAGAUGAAGCUGAAACUCUCCUCUCCCGACCAGAAGCUGGCGAGCGGCUGCGUGGUGCGACUGGUCAACAUGCUGACCGCCGCCGAGAUGAAGGCCAAGAUGCAGGAGGGCGGCGGCAAAAAGGCGUGGCCUCUGCCCAAAGACCUGCGGCGCCACCAGAGCGUCCACACGGGACACCGCCUGUGCUGCUUCACGCCGUGCGGCGACGACGUGUGGCGCCUCCAGAAGGUGGUGGCGCGCUCCCGCGACGGCUACGCCUGCGCCGUCUGCGGCAAGACCUUCCAGCGCCGCAAGCUUCUUCGCCGCCACGAGCGCUUCCACACGGGCGAGAAGCCCUACGCCUGCGCCAAGUGCGCCAAGAGCUUCGCGCUCAGGAAGAACCUCCGCCGCCAUCUGAGGUUCCACACGGGCGAGCGGCCGCACAGGUGCGCCAGCUGCGGCAAGAGCUUCCGCCUGCGCGAGAACUUGAAGACGCACCUGCGCUUCCACACGGGGGAGAAACCCUACGAGUGCAGCCUGUGCGGCAAGACGUUCCGCAUCAUGCAGAACCUGGAGAAGCACAACCUCAGCCUGUGCGGGGACUUUGUGCCCUCCUUCAAGACCAUCGCCGGCUUGUAGCGCCGACCUCCACUCGCACCACUCACUACCUCGGACCGACGGUUCUCAAACCAGGUACCACCUCAGAGUACACUUGCUUGGUUCUCCGAGUACCACCACAAUGACCAACAUUCAGCUACAGUAGCGUAGUAGGCCCACGUGUUCAUCAAAAACAAGGCAAAGGUUUUAUUUGACAAGUAACACUGUAUACCCAGUUUGAACAGUCACACUGUGUUAAAUAGGCCCACGUGUCCAUCAAGAACAAGGCAAGGGUUUUCUUUAACAAGUAACACUUUACCCAGUUUGAACAGUCACACUGUGUUAAGUAGGCCCACGUGUCCAUCUCAAACAAGGCAAGGGUUUUCUUUAACAAGUAACACUGUACACACAGUUUGAACAGUCACACCGUGUUGGAACAUUUCACCAAGUCAUUCUUUGGCGUACCACUAGAUGGAGCCCGCACCACAUCAGUCCAAUAUCGGCCCCCCCCAAAAAAUGAUACCGGCUCGCAGCUAAAAUGACCGAUACAUGUUUACUUUGGCAGAUGUCUUCCGAUAAGCACACAAGAUUGACCGUUCCCUGUACUUUGGUUAAGUCCUUCUCAAAAGGUAAACCUGGUAGGCUAAAGGCUGCGAGCAGCUACACAACAGCUAAGCAUACAAUAGCACACAAGCUAGUCGUACGUAACAAGUGUCCUUAAUAGAACAACAUUGCUGUCUAAUACAGGACAUUUGUCAUAAUUAGUCACAUAUGACUUAACCUAAGUCAUUCACAAAAGGUAAACCUGAUAGGCUGCAAGGAGAUGCACAACAGCUAAGCAGACAAUAGCACACAAGCUAGUCGUACGUAACAAAUGUCCAUUAUUGAACAAUAUUGCUGUCUAAUACAGGACAUUUGUCAUAAUUAGUCAUAAUUUGACCUAAGUCCUUCACAAAAGUUACACCUGGUAGGCUAAAGGCUAUAAGCAGCUACACAACAGCUAAGCAUACAAUUGCACACAAGCUAGUCGUACGUAACAAGUGUCCUUAUCUGCGGUCUAAUACAGGACAUCUGUCAUAAUUAGUCACAUAUGACUUAAGUGCUUCACAAAAGGUAAACCUGGUAGGCUAAAGACUACCAGCAGCAACACAACAGCUAAGCAUACAAUAGCACACAAGCUAGUCGUACGUAACAAGUGUCCUUAAUUGAACAAUAUUGCUGUCUAAUACAGGACAUUUGUCAUAAUUAGUCACAUAUGGCUUAAGUGCUUCACAAAAGGUAAACCUGAUAGGCUAAAGGCUGCGAGCAGCUACACAACAGCUAAGCAGACAAUAGCGCACAAGCUAGUCGUACGUAACAAGUGUCCUUAAUUGAACAAUAUUGCUGUCUAAUACAGGACAUUUGUCAUAAUUAUAUGACUUAAGUGCUUCACAAAAGGUAAACCUGGUAGGCUAAAGGCUGUGAGCAGCUACACAACAGCUAAGCAGACAAUAGCACACAAGCUAGUCGUACGUAACAAGUGUCCUUAAUUGAACAAUAUUGUUGUCUAAUACAGGACAUUUGUCAUAAUUAGUGACAUACACAAAAGGUAAACCUGGUAGGCUAAAGGCUGUGAGCAGCUACACAACAGCUAAGCAUACAAUAGCACACAAGCUACUCGUACGUAACAAGUGUCCUUAUUUGCUGUCUAUUACAGGACAUUUGUCAUCAUUAUGCUCACAUGUGACUUACGGAUUAGCAAUUACAAAGUAUCCAGUAACAAAUGUGUCCGCAUCAUUGAACUUACCCUUCAUUUAUUGUCCCCAAAACACAAAUCAACACUCCACUUGCAUUCCUACCUUUGUUCUCUUGAGUAAUUUCACUUGAUUGAACCAUUAGAACAUUCCACACUACAACAUAAAAGUAUGUACUUUUGUGCAAUUAAGGUUAAUAUUUUUUUACACCCGCCAUUGUUCUCUUCACUCAAUCAAACCUUUCCUAACAUUCCACACUACAACAUUUUUGAAAGUAUGUACUCUUUUUUUUUUUUUUUUUAUGAAUUUAUUACUCAAUCAACAAAACAAGACACAACAAUACCACAACAAUGCAAUCCAAUUCCAAAACCAGCAACAUUAAGAACAACAAUAAACAGAGCAAUUGAGGACACACAAAUCCAAAUGUAGUGAAACAAAAAUGAACAUUAUCGACAACAGCAUCAAUAUCAGUAAAGUAUGUACUCUUGAUUCCGACUGAUAUCGUAUCGAAUUAAUAUUGGUAUCGGAAGUUGUAACGGAACACACCAAAUUUUCACGUACAUUUAAUGGGAGAAAAACCUUUACUCCCGUAUGGAAUAAUAUAAAAUGUCAUGACAACCAAAAAUAUGAACACAAAACAAAAACUUUAACAUCCCUCUGACCUUUAUUGGACAUAAAGCGGAUUGUAGCUGUGAGUUCUUUCUUAAAACCAAACUUUCUUUAUCAAAGUGCUUUUACUCGCAACUUUUUUGGGCCCCACCUCGGCUUAUUUUGCAGUCUUGCCCAAUAAACAGACCGAGCCGUUCUUCGUUUGGACACUCACUCCUGCCAGGCUAACGCGCCAGUUUGUUAGCGUGCGGCAAAAAACCGGGGCGGUCCUAAACCGAGGUCAAGUGGAUUCUGUUCAUCAAGACCUGGUCCAUCGUCUCAAGGAGAUGCACAAAACAAUCCUUGGUCAUGUUCCGUCCUUCAAGUCUGGACCAUGUUGGCAGCUACACUCUUCCUCCAAAUGAGGAUUCCACUUUCAUUCUUUUUGUAGCAGCUAAAUGCACUGAAAUGUAAAAAAAAAAGGUAAGAAUAAAAGUUGUUUUUGUCCACCAGCAAGGUGAUAUUUCUUUAAAUGGACAAAAAAGGCGUCCUGGGGGACAUUUUCAUCCCACAGCUCCUAUUAUCAGCCCAAAGAAUAUUGUAGAAAUCCAAUUAAAUAUGAUAUACUUGUACUAAAAACACUACAUUUUAUCAUCUGUAGUACAACACACAUCCGUUCAUGUUUCACUUUGUUUUAUGUACUGCUAAUGUACUCAGGUCGUACUACAUUGUGUUUAGUACAAGUUGAUUGAAGUAUACAACAUACUGUGUACUCAGGUUGUACUACAUUGUGUUUAGUACACGUUGAUUGAAGUAUACAACAUACUGUGUACUCAGGUUGUACUACAUUGUGUUUAGUACAAGUUGAUUGAAGUAUACAACACACUGUAUGUGUGUAAUUGCUAAUUACAUUAAAAGAAUGUGUUAGAUUGUAUCUGGCAGCUUCUUGUAUGUUAAAAAAGUACACAUUGGAAUCCAAUAUAAGAGCAAAGAUUAUAUGUGAUAUCCUCAGAGAGGUAUUUCUGUAACAGUAAUACUAUUUUUGGUGUACUUUGCAACCAAACCGACUACUGUAAUAAUGCUACUUUUUUAUGUUUGUAUGUACUUUAAGCCACUUUUUAAACUCAUGGUUUUUUUGUACUUUUUUUUUAUAGUAAUACAAUGUUUUUAUAGAUACUAGUUAGCAGUACCACUAUUUUUGGUGUACUCUGCAACCAAACCAACUACUGUUUUAAUGCUACUUGUUGAUGUUUAUUUGUAGUCUUUGUUGUAAUAUUUUACCAUCCGUUUGUUACUUUUCUUUUUCUCCACUACUGAUUGUAUGAGACACCUUGCCAACAUUGGGAGAGUUCAUGUUCAGGAUGAAGGCUUUCUAUUGUAACCAUUUGAUGUCAAAAGUAUUAAUAAAUAUUUCUUAAAAGUCCAA